CACAUAUAAGGUAACAAAGCAAUCAAGCUAACUAGUGGCAGCUUGGUGAUCACACCAGGGGACAAACCGAAGUCUGAAUCUCUGGGAGGAGGUCUUCCUGGCUCUUGAGGCAAAGGCAAUGGACUUUGGGAAAUAUAAGGGGAACGAAAAUACAUUCUGAUAAUCCAUCACUUAGGGAACAAAGGGGACAGCACCCUCUGAGUUUGUGAAAGUUGGAUCUUUUAUCCUGGAGGGCUAGAGAUGCUGGUAUCCUGAUGUCCUGAUGAGGAGGGCACAGUGGAAUCACAAUGUAUCUGCUGAGGCUGAUAGUGCUUUCUGACCUGGGCAGACCAAGAAGAGAGGACGUCACAGAAUGGAGUGUAUGUACAGUCUGAAUACGGUGCCAAGGAAGCAACUGAGACCCCACCUCCACACACAGGAGGAGGUCAUCCCCAAGCAGAACCCCACAAGGAGGAGAGAGCUUCAGAAUUGAGUCCAGAAUGGAGGAAAGAAAUGCACUGUCACAUCAGAUCUAGAGGCAUCGAACCAAGGCAUAAUGCUUGGAAAAGAUAUGUUCCGAGGACCAUGUCGCAACUGUGCAGAUUACUGAAAAGUGUCCCCGUAUCUGAAGAGUCAUAGACUUGGUAGAGUGAGAUGACACACCAGAAGGAGGUGGAAUGCUGGCAACACUGUAAACAAGCAAUAAUCAAAUACCCAGAAACUCAUUUCAUUAGUCUUUGAAUAGAAGAGACUUGAAGGAACCUGAGAUGUUGUCAUAAAGAAACUUUGUCCCUGUAGAAUAUUGUGAAAGAAGGGUCUGACCUUAAGGCCCCCCAAUUUCUCUGACUCUGCAGGCUGAUGUAAUAGACACUAAGAAGGCUGUUGUCACAGACAAAUUCAUUGCAGGUAAUCCAGGACAAGUGGAAGAGAGGCAGAUUCAGGAACAGCUUUCUGGAAUUUGCAUCAGUGAAGAAAUCUCCAUUUUUUAAAGAAUGUAAACGGCUAACGAACGUAAUGUGGACCUGGAGUCUUUAAAGGAGUACCAAUCUGACCAUGAAGGUUGGUGUGAUUAACACCCAUCACUCCUAUAUAAAUGUUCCCAGGCCGGCAGUACAGGAUGCUGAUGUGGGCGUAGGAAGGAUAGAGAAUGGGAACAGGAGGUCUCUGGCUGAAGCGUAUGAUAGUUCAUCCAUAUUACAAACACAGGAGCAUGGGGACAGCUGCAGUGGUUAUUCUUCCACAAACAACUCACAGGCACUGAAAAGAGUGCUACAGAGAAUACCCAACUUUUUGGUUACCUUAAAAGACUGGGAGAAGAGGAUUUCCGAUGAAGGCUGCCAAACCUCAGACUCUUUUUUGGAAAAAAUUCAAGGUCCACAGCUAAGAUGGAGCAAUAAUUGUAAUAAUCAGAAUCUCUGUGAUGAAAUAUCAGAAGAAAUCAUGGAACAGCACCUACCUAGUGCCAUUGCACAGUACAAUGUUAACAACAACAGUAAUAAAGAUGAAGAAAAAAAGAAAAAAGAAAAGAAGAGCAAGUCUGAUGGUAAAAAGGAAAAGAAAAAGGACACAGAAAUGCAAAAGAACAAGGAAAAACACAGAAAUAAAGAUAAGCAUAAGAAGAGAGACAAGAAAGAGAAGGAGAAGAAAGAUCUUUUUGUUAUUGAUCCAUCAGGAAAUUUGUAUUAUUACUGGCUGUUUUGCAUCACAUUACCUGUCAUGUACAACUGGACCAUGAUCAUUGCUAGAGCCUGUUUUGAUGAACUUCAGAACGACCAUUUAGGAAUGUGGCUCAUUUUUGAUUAUAUAUCAGAUAUAAUCUAUAUUGCUGAUAUGUUUGUACGGACAAGAACAGGUUACCUGGAGCAAGGUCUGUUGGUGAAAGAAGAACUUAAACUUAAACAGAAAUAUACAGGAACUUUACAAUUUAAACUAGAUCUACUGUCAGUCAUACCAACUGAUCUACUGUACUUUAAAUUAGGUCUGAACUAUCCAGAAUUAAGAAUAAACAGAGUACUUAAAGUAUCUCGUAUGUUUGAGUUCUUCCAGCGAACAGAAACAAGGACAAACUAUCCAAAUAUCUUCAGGAUCUCCACUCUUGUCAUGUAUAUAGUGAUUAUUAUUCACUGGAAUGCGUGUGUGUACUAUUCUAUCUCCAAAGCCAUUGGAUUUGGGACAGACACAUGGGUCUAUCCAAACACCUCUGAUCCUGAAUUUGCCCGUCUGGCUAGAAAAUAUGUAUAUAGCCUCUACUGGUCGACGCUGACCUUGACCACUAUUGGGGAAACACCUCCUCCUGUAAAGGAUUCUGAGUACUUCUUUGUGGUUGUUGACUUCUUGGUUGGGGUGUUGAUCUUUGCUACUAUUGUUGGUAACAUUGGUUCUAUGAUCUCCAAUAUGAAUGCAGCCAGAGCAGAGUUUCAAGGAAGGAUUGAUGCUAUCAAGCAAUAUAUGCACUUUCGAAAUGUGAAUAAAGAAAUAGAAAAAAGAGUUAUUAAGUGGUUUGACUACUUGUGGACAAAUAAAAAAGCAGUGGAUGAACGAGAAGUUUUAAAAUAUCUACCAGAUAAAUUAAGAGCAGAGAUCGCAAUCAGUGUUCAUUUGGACACAUUAAAGAAAGUUCGAAUUUUUGCAGAUUGUGAAGCUGGCUUGUUAGUUGAACUAGUCUUGAAACUGCAGCCUCAAGUCUACAGUCCAGGAGAUUACAUCUGCCGAAAGGGGGACAUUGGACGAGAGAUGUACAUUAUCAAAGAAGGUAAACUUGCUGUAGUAGCUGAUGAUGGAAUUACACAAUUUGUGGUUCUAAGUGAUGGCAGCUACUUUGGGGAGAUUAGCAUCCUUAAUAUCAAAGGCAGCAAAGCUGGCAAUCGAAGAACAGCCAACAUUAGAAGCAUUGGAUACUCAGACUUAUUUUGUCUAUCUAAAGAUGACCUCAUGGAGGCUUUAAUAGAGUACCCAGAUGCAAAGGCCCUGCUGGAAGAGAAAGGUAAGGAAAUCUUGCUGAAGGAUGGGUUACUGGAUAUAAAUGUUGCAAAUACAGGAAGUGACCCUAAAAACAUUGAAGAAAAGGUCAUUCAAAUGGAAGGAGCAGUGGACAACUUACAAACAAAGCUUGCCAGGCUGUUGGCUGAGUAUGAUGCCACACAGCAGAAACUGAAAAAACGACUGACACAGGUUGAGAAAAUACUGAAAUCAACUAUGCAGUUUGAAUUCUCAGAUUUAGAAGAAUUAGAUAAAUAAAUCUGGAGUGUCAACACUAGAAUAAAACACUGGGGACUGCCACUAGCAGUUAAAGAUAAAUCCUGCAAGGUACCGAGUGCCCUCAACUCUUAUCUUUGAUGAUGUGGCCCUUUAUUAUAAGGUAUUACUUAGUCAAGAAACAUCACUUGUUUCCUAUUAGGCAAUACACAUACACAGUAAACGUCAAGAAAAAAAUAAGAUGAAGACUCAGGAAUAAGAAAGGAGCAUAAAUAUUAUCGUUUUCAUGCUAGGAAAUGCUACUCAGUCCUGGCUUGCAGUUAUAUUUAUGAAGUACAUACAUAAAAUUAGUGUCUUGAUAUUUAAUCUCAGUGAAAAUGUUACAAUAUAAACCUAUCAAUCAUUUUGUCUUUUACAAUUGUAUGCCCUUCAGGACAAGGACUGUGUAUUUGUAUUUCCUCUGUAUUUUGAAAAUAGCUGGUAUAUGUUAGGCCCUAAAGCAAAAUAAAUAAUAAAUAUCGGUAAUAUAAAAUGUUUGCUAAUGGGUUAUUUAUAUUAUCCUUUAUGUAACGUUGUAAAAACAAGUGCAUUUAAUCUACAUACUAUAAUAUGUUGAUAGUCAUGCAAAGUUGUACUGCAUAUUAUAAUUUUUUAUAAUUUUCUUCUCAUUCACUAUAUAAAUAAAGAAACAUUUGGUAACAUUUGUAUUGGUUAUCUGAAAUCUGCAUAGGUAUACCGUAGAACCUCAGAGUUACGAACACCUUGGGAAUGGAGGUUGUUCAUAACUCUGAAAUGUUCCUAACUCUGAACAAAACAUUAUGGUUGUUCAUUCCAACGUUUACAACUGAUCAUUGACUCAAUACAGCUUUGAAACUUUACUAUGCAGAAGAAAAAUGCUGCUUUCCCUUUAUUUUUCAGUAGUUUAUGUUUAACACAGUACUGUACUUGUUUGUUUGUUUUUGGUCUCUGCUGCUGCCUGAUUGUGUAUUUCUGGUUCCAAUGGAGGUGUGUGGUUAACUGGUCAGUUUGUAACUCUAGUGUUCAUAACUGUGGUUAUACUAUAAAUGUAAUAUGGCCUUUAAACAAGCUCUAACCUCACCAACCUCAUUGUCAGAAGCAAGCUCCCCACAGACCAGGACACACCAACUCAAAGGGGCACCACACCCUGCCAGUAGAUGUACAAUAGAUGUAAAACCCAAAGACAUAUUUCCACAGCUACAAUGAUCAAUACCUCCCACAACACACCUUUCAAGGUCCCUGGGUCCUAUACAUGCCUAUAACAACCUGUGGUGGACCUCAUCCAGUGCAUCAAAUGCCUCCAAAACAACUGUGGGUGAAAUCAGACAAUUACUACACUCUCAAAUUAACUCAUAGAAAAAAUGAUAAAAGACAAAAAUAACAUAUCACCCAUGAGCAAACACUUUUCACAAAGCAGUCACUUCAUCUCUGACCUAUUAGUCCUCGUCCUCAAAGGAAACCUGCACAACUCCUUCAAAAGACAUGUCUGGGAACUUAAAUUCAUAACUUUGCUGGACACUAAAAAUCAUAGUCUAAACAAAGACACCAUAAUUUUACAGCUCAUUACAAUAAUUGUCACCCACUAACCCAUGUAUUUAGCUGUGACACUCUGAUUAUCUUUUGCAGACCUGAAAAGAAGCUCUGUGAAGCCUGAAAGUUUGUCUCUUCCACCAACAGAAGUUGGUCCAAUAAAAGAUAUUACCUCGCCAAUCUUAAUUUUGGCAUUUCCUAACUUCUUAGUGCUUGGCUUGGCAACCUUAAAAAAACCCUAUAGUAAAAUAAUAUUAUGUAGUUUAUUAUUUAUAUUGCUGCAGCACUUACAGGACCAAGUCCUAUUUUGCUAGGCACUGUACAAGCAUUUCAGAAACAGAUUAUCCCUGCCUUGAAUGGCUUACUCUAAGAGUCUAAUUAACAAAACUCACAAUUUGAAGAAGGGUAUGAGAUGUUACCUACAGUAGGGCAAUUUGUGGUUCAGUGGUAGUAACAUGAAGCAGCUGCCAGAUAUCACUGUUAUGGUGUUGAUGUGUUUUAGUGAAGAAAAGUGGAUAUCUAUUGGAGGGCUGACCUUACCAUGAGGCAAACUGAGGCGGCCGCCUCAGGUGCCAGACUCGGGGACCGGAGGCGCCACUAGGACCCAGAGUGUAGAAAAUUGUGUCUGCUGCUGGUGCAUAUGUAUUCUCUCUGC